AUGCAGAGACCAACCCUCAUUCUUCUUUUGUGCGCCGCGGCGGCCUUUGCCGCUGGUUUGCCCACCUUGUCGCAACCCGCCGAGCCGGAAAGCGAACCUACGCCGCCGAUUGAGGAUGCCACCGCUGUCACCCCUGCAGGCGAUGGGGCGGUACUGAUCGGCAAGAUCGACGGCGACAUCACGCUGUCGGAGAGCGCCUACGUCAAACGACUCGUGGAGGCGGCGGAGGAGCGCGGCUCGAGCGCGCUGGUGCUCGAGAUCAACACCUUCGGCGGCCGGGUCGAUGCCGCGGUGGCGAUUCGGGAUGCUUUGCUGGAUGUCGAAAUCCCGACGGUGGCAUUCAUCAACAAGCGCGCCAUCAGUGCCGGUGCCCUGAUCUCUCUGGCUUGCCAGAAGAUCGUCAUCAGCCCCGGCGGCACGAUUGGCGCCGCCACGCCGGUCAGUUCCUCACCCGGACAAGAGAUGCCGGCGCCGGUGGAGGAGAAGUACGUCUCCUACUUCCGCCAAGAAAUGCGCUCGACCGCCGAGACCCAGGGACGCAAUGGCGAUAUCGCCGAAGCGAUGGUCGAUGCCGACAGCGAAGUCGAGGGGAUUAGCGUCAAGGGCAAACUGCUGACCCUGACCACCCUCACGGCCUUGGAAUAUGGCAUUGCCGAUCUCGAGGCCAAAUCUGUCACCGAGGCCCUCGCCGGCCUCGGCAUCGAGGGCUCGGAGGAAGUGCUCGAGCGUACUUGGGCCGAGGGUCUGGUGGCCUUUCUGACCAGUACGGCGAUCGCCGCCUUGCUUUCGGGAGCGAUGUUCCUACUGGCCUACAUGGAGUAUCAGGCGCCGGGUUUUGGUGCCUUCGGCAUCGGCGCGAUCUGCUGCUUCCUGCUGCUCUACUUCGGCCACUACCUGGUCAACCUGGCCGUGGUGGAGAUGUUCGUUUUCCCGGGGUUCGGAGUGGCCGGAAUCGCUGGCAUGCUGGCGUUGAUCGCGAGCCAUGGACGCUCUGGCACGGUCCUUUGGACUGUCCUGGCGGCGGUGCUCGGCCUGGUGUUGCUGAUGCGGAUGCUGCCGAAGUCGGAAGAGAGCCUCCUGGGUGGCAAGAUGAUGCUGGGUGGCGGCUUGCAGAGCGCGGCGGGCUACCGCUCGCACGAGCCGGCCCUGGAGAGCGCUGUCGAUGAGCAGCUGGGCACCGCUCUGACCCCGCUGCGGCCUUCCGGAAAGGGGGCGCUUCGGAGACCGCAAGCUCGAAGUCGAGACCGAGGGCGAGUUCAUCGAGAGCGGUACCGAGAUCAGCAUCCUGCGUCGUGA